CGCAGGGCCGCUCUGGCUGGAGAAGCGCUUCCGGUGCCGGCUCAGGCGGCGCUUUUCGGGUGCUGCAAGCAGCGCGGGCGGCGGGGAGCGAGUCCAGGACUAUGUCUGGAGAACUUCCACCGAACAUUAACAUCAAGGAACCUCGAUGGGAUCAAAGCACCUUUGUUGGACGAGCCAAUCAUUUCUUCACUGUGACAGAUCCCAGGAAUAUCCUGUUAACCAACGAACAACUAGAGAAUGCAAGAAAAAUAGUGCAUGAUUACAGGCAAGGAAUUAUUCCUCCAGGUCUUACAGAAAAUGAAUUAUGGAGAGCAAAGUACAUCUAUGAUUCAGCUUUUCAUCCUGACACGGGUGAAAAGAUGAUUUUGAUAGGAAGAAUGUCAGCUCAGGUUCCAAUGAACAUGACCAUCACAGGUUGUAUGAUGACAUUUUAUAGGACCACACCGGCGGUGCUGUUCUGGCAGUGGAUCAACCAGUCCUUCAACGCCGUGGUCAAUUACACCAACAGAAGCGGAGACGCUCCCCUCACUGUAAAUGAGUUGGGAGCCGCUUACGUUUCCGCGACAACUGGUGCGGUGGCAACAGCUCUAGGACUUAACGCGUUAACCAAGCAUGUCUCACCGCUCAUAGGACGUUUUGUUCCCUUUGCUGCUGUGGCUGCUGCUAAUUGCAUUAAUAUCCCAUUAAUGAGGCAAAGGGAGCUCAAAGUUGGCAUUCCCGUCACCGAUGAGAAUGGGAACCGCUUGGGUGAGUCCGCCAACGCUGCAAAACAAGCCAUCACGCAAGUCGUCGUCUCCAGGAUUCUCAUGGCAGCCCCGGGCAUGGCCAUCCCUCCAUUUAUCAUGAACACUUUGGAGAAGAAAGCCUUCCUAAAGCGGGAUACGGUAGAACAGGAUGACUCACUUGGCUCAUGCGGUUUGGAAAGUGGCCCUGGUAGAUCUGCCAAGAAAAAGGAGCCCGGUUUCUCGCUGGAGGAGCAGAGGUUCCCGUGGAUGAGCGCACCUAUUCAAGUUGGAUUAGUUGGCUUUUGUUUGGUAUUUGCUACACCUCUGUGCUGUGCUCUGUUUCCUCAGAAAAGUUCCAUGUCUGUGACAAGCUUGGAGCCUGAUUUGCAAGCCAAGAUCCAAGAGACCUAUCCUGAAUUACGACGUGUAUACUUUAAUAAGGGGUUGUAAAGUAGCAGAAGAAACUCUACAGCUUAUACCGCCCACUGCAAACCUGGUGAGGAAAAGCCUGUUCAACCUGGGUUCUCCCAGUUACAGAAACCUUUUAAAGACCCACAUUAGCCUUUUAGAGUCAAGCUGCUACUUUGAGCACAGCACCUGGUAUGGGCCAGGCGCCCAACAACCUGUUGGCUCCCUUACAUUUGAAUCACGAUGUAAUUUACAGAAAUACCCUUCCUCUAGCUUUUAUAGUAAUUGUUUUCCAAAGACGAUAUACCAGCCCUCACCCAGAGUUUUAAAAAGCACUGCUAGACAUAGAGUAGAUGUUUAGCAUACCCUCAAUAAAUAUGUAUGGACUGUCAGUGAGUGGAAAGGAAAUCUGUUUGAAAUACUGAGUUUUUUUACCCCAUUUUUGUUUCAAAUCACUCAGCAGUGAUUGGAGAAAACACAAAAGCUCUGAGCCUAAGCUAUAAAAAGUGACUCGUAAAUAUUAAGGACAUUUGCUUCCACUUUGGGCAGUGCAUAACCCAAAGUAGAUGUGGAGCCUUUUGGAUUUAUAGGGUAAAAGCUCUUCCAUCUACUUCCCGAAAGUCACAGUAACAGACAAAUGUGAUGAGCCAUCCCAGCUGUCAGCAGCUACAUGCGUUCAUAUCGCUGGUAGAUUUCUUUGGUUGACUCUGAAAUUUAUUCUGUUUUACAUUCCUGUGAAGUUAAUCUUACUUUGCACUUGUUGACUUUAUAUUCAAUUAUUUACGUCAAAUCAAAUAACUGAAAUGUACAAAUAUCUAAUUUUGGAAGUAUGUUCAAUACUGUAUGACUGGGUUGGAUCUGCUUUAUUUGAUCUUUUUAGCAGUGAGAGCACAGGUCCAGCUAGCUACAUAUCUUUUCUUCUCAUAGACCCCUUUGGCUCUCAGAAAGAUAGGGAAAUGAUGUGUGUGUGAAUCAGUGAUGAAUGAAUUGUACUUGGAUAUCGUGUGUUACAUUACACCCUGUUUGAAAACAAGGAGUCCAUGGACCACUGUUUACAUCAUCUGUAGUAGCUUCACAUAUGUUUAAUGUAACAUUAUGUUUCAAGUCUGAAGAUGUUCAAGGCCUGUGCCGGGUGGUGGCUGUGUGGAGUGAGGCCACUCAGUUCGAUUGUAAUUCAGAGACUUGUAAGUGGGGGGGCGAGGGAUGUAGAAACUAGUUUUGACAGAUUUUUCCAGACAAUGUGACCAGACUGAAUUUCCUCAUAAAGAAAAAAUGGUGUGCCUUGUGUCUGUGUUUCUCUUUUCUCUGAAAGGAUUAAAGGAUCUGAAGCUUGGGGCCACUCUGAACCUUCCUUUGUGCCACCAGAAUUUUCUCAUUUAGUUUUUCUGUCUGAAACCAUUUGAGGCAAACUAGCUUCCCCAUGCCAUGCUGGCCUUGGAUGUGUUUUGCUGCCAUCGAUGCUUCUCUUUAAAAAGUAGGAAGAGCCUGAUUCAAGGCAGAUCUCCAUGAGGUGAUGAAAGGGUGCUUUUUAAGAAGAAUCUGAAGCCCCCCCCCCCAACAACCUGCCCUGGUUAAUCUCAGAAUUCUUAUUCCCCAACCCCCUUACCUGUUGUCUCCAUCUCAGUAUCUUAACCUUCCCUGAGAAAUUCAUCAACAUCUGGCUCGAAGGUUGAUGAUCUAACUGAAACAGUAUACACACCAGGAAGGGAUCAUGAACACGGAGACGUGUCUUUUUAAACAUUAUUAACCGAAGCUUCCAACUCUUGAUGCUUUUAUAUAGAAAUAUGAACUGUAUUGUUUAAUUGUGGUUUAUAAAAAGGAACAAAUGAACCAAGAUUGGCAAUUUUGCUGAUCUCUUAGACAUACCUUUUCUGGAGAAAAAUCCUACAUGAAGUGCAAUGAGCUUAUAAAGGUAAAUGGAUACCCGUAUUUCUAUCAACGUCAUUAGGAAUUACAAUCGUGCGUAUUUUACUGACUGCUAGUUUUUAUUUCAGUAUUAGCACAGCGUCUCGCCAGUGUUGGAAUCAAUGUAUUAUUUCAGUUCAACUGGAUGAAAUGUUAAAUAAACUCAGAAUGAAAAUAAA